GCAUCGCAGUCGCGCGUCAACUUGCGCAAGGUUAUGUUUUUCCGAAUAUUGAAAUAUUAAUAGAUAUUUUAAUAUCAAACCGGCUGUGUUUAUUUGUAUAAUACAUAUCCCGACUACUCGUACCAUAUUUUGUUUAUAUUACCGCUUAAGUUAAGAUCGCGAAAUUUAUUUGCAAUGGGUGGAAAAACCAGUUUAAAAGCAACCUUGGGGGUGACAUUUCUUACCCUUCUCGUAUCCGUAACCACUGUUUUAGUUUUGUACCAUGUUUUAACCCAUAGAGGUGAGCGAAUCAGUGUAGGAUGGUUUCUGGAGAGCACAUCCCCCCAUAUGUGGGCUGCCCUAGGGGUAGGUCUCUCGGUGUCUUUAAGCGUAGUUGGGGCAGCUGCAGGAAUACAUACAGUGGGCGUUAGUAUUAUUGGUGGAGGUGUAAAAGCUCCUCGAAUCAAAACUAAGAAUCUCAUAUCAGUCAUAUUUUGCGAAGCUGUGGCAAUUUAUGGUCUUAUUACUGCAAUAGUCCUGUCAGGAUAUUUGGAUGAUUUCACUUGGUCUCUGAUGGGAAAAAAUGCGGAAUUGAAAUCUAAAAACUGGAUGGCUGGAUAUUUGAUGUUUGGUGCUGGAGUAUCUGUAGGGCUGGUUAAUCUAUUCUGUGGCAUCUGCGUUGGUAUCGUUGGUAGUGGGGCCGCCUUGGCUGACGCCGCUAAUCCAUCUCUAUUUGUCAAAAUUUUGAUCAUAGAAAUUUUCGCCAGUGCCAUUGGCCUGUUUGGCUUAAUUGUUGGUGUAUACUUAGUGUCCAAAGUUCAAAUGGGUGACAAAGUUCAUUAAAUUAUAGAAUAAUUAUAUACUUAAUAUCUCCAUCAAUGCAUUUUAGAUACAGACCAGUAUAUCUAUCAUAGAGCAAUUUUAUUUAAAAUUCAAAAAAUAGCUUUUAAAAAAUACCUAUUGAAAUUUCAAAAUCUAAUAUGUCCCUGCAUUCCAAACAAAAUAGACAGUUAAACUAUAUAUUCACCUAUUUUAAACUUUUUUGAAUAUAACUAAUUUUGAAUAAAAAAUAUUUUAAAGAUUUUAUUUAUUUUUUUAAAGAGAA